UUCCCUAUUCUCACUCUGAAGUAAUUAAGUUAUGCUUACUUGAAGCCGCAAAUACGCUUUUCGAAACCAAAACAGAAGUAUCUGAAACUUUCAAAAAGUUCCUUUGUCGCGCCACACGAUAACUAAAAAAAUUGAGUCUUGUUCAAAAUUAGUCCGAGAAAACAUUUUGCGUGAUCUGUUGAAAGCAAAAUUCUUUUCACUUGCAAUUGAUGAAUCAACUGAUAUUUCAGAUAUUUCGCAAAUGGCAGUUUAUGUUCGGUAUCUUUGGAACAAUGAAUUUAAAGAAGAACUUUUAACAUUAUUGCCACUUCACGAUCGCACAACCGGUGAAAUACUAUUCACAAAUUUUCAAAAGUUCAUGGAGUCUAACAAUCUUUCGUUUGAUAAUAUUCUUUCGAUAACAACUGAUAGUGCACCGGCUAUGACUGGUAAAGUUAAUGGUUUUGUUACACUCACGAAAAAUCGAAAUUCUAAAAUUAUUGCAUUGCAUUGCAUAAUUCAUCAAGCUGUUCUGUGCUCAAAGCUUUCUGACAAUCUUAAGAAUGUCAUGACAGUAGUAAUGAAAAUAGUUAAUUAUCUGCGCUCGCAUUCGGCUCUACAACACCGUUUACUAAGAGCAUUUUUGCAAGAAUGUGAAAGCGAAUACAUAGAGUUGCUUGUUCACAAUGAUGUUCGCUGUCUAAGUAAAGGCAAUGUAUUGAACAGAUUGAUAUGCUUACUACCAGAAAUUCGCAGUUUUCUUGAGUCCAGAAAUACUAAGACUGCUAAUGAGUAUUUCCAAUUUUUGAGUAACAUAGAGAACGUUAGCAAAAUUUGUUUUUUGGGCGAUGUGUUUUCCCAUUUUAAUGAACUCAACAAAUAUUUGCAAGGCAAAAAUAAAGUUCUCUGUGAUAUGUGGGAAAUAAUAAAAGCAUUCCAGCGGAAAUUGCAGUUGUUCGAAAACGAUCUGAAUUCAAAGGAACUACUUCACUUUCCUUCAUUGAAAGUUCAUAUUGAAGGAAAUCCUGAUGAAGACAUUGGCAUGGACAUCUUUGUCAAGUUUUUACAAGAAGUGCAGAUCGAAUUUUCUUCGCGGUUUUCAGAAUUUAGCCAAAUCUCUAAUUUGCUCACUGCUUUAAAGAAUCCAUUUUCUGUGGAACCCAACGGUAACUGGGUUACACAAGCUAUGCAUCUUUUUGGUGGUUACGUUGAUAAAGCUAGGCUUCAGCUGGAAAUUAUUGAGUUGCAAGAAAACAGUGUAUUGAAAGAAAGCUAUCAAGCAUCACAGAUAAUCAAGUUUUGGACUGAUAUUUUACCCAAUGAAACUUACCCUAAUUUACGAAAGAUAGGUUCUUUUGUUUUGACAAUGUUUGGAUCCACUUAUGUUUGCGAAGCUACAUUCUCAAAAAUGAAUUACGUGAAAAACAAGUUUCGAAAUCGUCUAACUGACCACCAUCUUGAGGAUUGUUUGAUUGCUGCUACUACUAGCUACAACCUUGAGUUUACAAAGUUGGCCAAGGCAGCAAAUCGCAAUUCUCACAUUAGUGUUAUUUAUGGUAUUAGUAUGCAUGGUAUUAGUUAUUAGUUUUUAGUAUGGUAUUAGUUAUUAGUUAUAUUAUUAUUUUAUGGUAGUCAUAGAUCAUUUUUUGUCGCUUCAAGAUAGUCAUAGAUCAUUUUUUGAAAGGUACUAGUUCAAAAAACUAUUCAGAGUUUCCAAAGAUAAAAUAACGUUGAAAGACAAUAACAGAUAGUUAAUAUAAAAAAACGAAAAAUAAAAAAAACAAAA